AUGCUCGCGUAUUUGUAAUAAAUAUUUUAAAACUAAUUAUAGGGCACACAACAGCAGAAUGGAUUAAACAUUGUGAUCAGAGUGAAAUUUUGUGAUAAUUGUAAACGACGCUACGCGCGCGUUACAUCAUUUACACAAAAGCACGCAACAACAGUGCAAAGCCUACCCAAAACCAUACAAAACACAACACACCAAGCCAUACCACCACAAUAGAAGGUUUUCUCCUAUUGUUACUAUACUAGCACAUACUACAAACAAUAGUUCCACUGAUCAAAAGAGCAAAUUGUUUAAAAAGUUAUAACCAAAGCAGAAAGGAAAGCAACGCAUUAAAAAAUAGCAAGUGUUCUUAAGUACCGCUACAAUAACUAUUUUGAGUGCUACAACUGGUGCUCUGGCUCUAGGCAUACAUCUAGCGCCAGAAGAACAUCAGACACUUUUAAGAAGUGAGCCGGAACAUCCUGUAUCCAUGCUAUCGGUACAGACAGCCGGCUGCGCGGGAAUGGAGCGGCUUGGCGUUCCGACCCGCACAUCAUUGACUACACCUCCCGAUACCAGGGGUCAAUAUAUCUGUAGAAUGCGUAUAGAUGCGGCAAGAGAAUUGUUGGCUGUACGUAGUGAAACUGUGAUUCGCAGCAACAACAGUAGCAGCGGUAAUAGCAUUAACGGCACUAGUAAUAAUUGCAAUAAUACCUCUAGUAAAAAUAUUAGCAAUAUUGGUAGCAACCAAAAGCAACCGCAACAACAGCAACAAUUGUUAUAUCAUCACAUCAGUAAUAGCAGCAAUAGUAUCGGCAUUAAUAAUAGCGAUAGCAGCAGCAACGGACAUUCCCACUACCAACAAGAUAAUCUACAGCAACAUCAUCAAAAUCAUCACAUACAACGUAUGACAACGACAACAACAGCAACAACAGCAAUAACAGCAGCAGCAGAAGCAACAGCAGUCGCACUGAAUAACGGCAGCAGUUUGACAAGUGGCGUUAAUAGUAUUAGCAACAAUAAUAAUAAUCAUAAUAAUAACAACAACAAUAUUAGCUCAAUGACUAACAGCAGCGGUGGCGCUAGCGGUGGCAAUUGUAAUAGCAAUAGCAAUAUAGCACGAGGUGGCAUAGAGGCCACAACCCUUAAAUAUGGUAAUACGGGCAGUGGGAGCGGCCAUUUCAAUAAAGACGAAUCUUGUGGCAGCAGCAGGUCUGGUUGUUCCUUAAGUAGUCACAGUCACGAUCAUCAUCAACAUUAUCAAUAUCAUUUGCAAAAACAGCAAACACUAUGUUGUCCUCAUCACGUACCACUGCCGGACAGUGAAUGGGGUCAGGAGCGCUGCGCACAAUUACGCACUAAUUAUCAGCAAUCUGAAAUAACGCGAUCCUAUAUAAAACCGCCACCAAAUAAAAGCAUUAAAGACGUUCCGGAUCAGUCCAAUUAUAAUUUCUAUACGCUAUCAACACACAGCUCUAGCUCAGGUUUGCAUUCCUCUAUGGCCUUACCUCAGUAUCAGGCCAGUACCAGCUCUAGUGGCAGUAGCAGUUGCACUAGUAGCGGCAGUAUAACAAAAUCUAAACCGAAUGUCAUUACUAAGUUCUUUUAUCGGAAAAGUUCCCCUAAAUCUCCAAAUACGCUAUCAAACACUUUAUCGUCAUCAAUGGCGUGCUCAUCACCGCUGGUUUCAUCGACAUCAAUGUUGUCCUCAGUUUCAUCUUUAGCAUCAACUAGUGCAUCAUCUUCAGCAUCAAGUUCGUCGUCGGCUUCAUCGUUGACCUCUGCACCAAUAGCCGCAUUGCCGAUCUCAUCAACAUCCAGCCUAAAGACUACUCCGUGCAGUUAUGGUAGCUCUAGCAAUAAUGCAUUGGCCGGCCAUGUGCCCAGCACUCAGUUAUCAACAACGUUGGGCGUUUCGUCAUCGGUUACGGUCAAUGUAAACACAACAUUCCUACAAACAUCCUCAAAUAUGGAACGCAUACCUACGCCACCAUUAUCGGUGACUGUACCCAUUGGUUCAUCGCAUCAGCAACAGCAGCUGCAAGUGCAACAGCAAAGGCAACAACAGCAGCAGUUGUUAUUAGAUAGUUUAGUGGCAGAAUCUACUACCACGUCAUCGGCUUUAAACACGUUAAAAAGUAGCGGUUGCAGUCCCAUUACAAUUUCACCCACAGCCCAAACAACCAAUCGAUAUAAGUGGUCACAAAUGGAUUUUCAGCCCACCGCAGGUAACAUUACCCGCAACGAUAGCAAUACAAGCAUGCAGAGUCUAAUAGCAAGUUGCAAUUGUCAAAAUCGGAAAUGCCAUCAAUGCGACGGCAGCAGUGGUUCAUCGGGCAACGCAGAGACGACAUAAUAAAGUAACAAGUUUCUACAAAAAGCAAUCAGAUGAAAAACAUUUUCUUAGAAAAAUUGCAACACCAAUAAUAAUAAUAAUAAUGACAAAAACAAAAAUAAUAAUAAUAAUAACAACAACACCAACAACAAAACCAAGUUCUAAAUUAAAGACUGUUUUGUAACACGAAUAGUCCUUAGAUAAAAUUCUACGAAACUUAAAAUACUAUAGGAGUUUGCAUGGCAAGGUAAUCCGGCAACAUGUUGUUAUGUUGCUAGAGCAAAGCAAACAAUACAUACUUGAAGAUUACAACACGCAUAAUCAUUUCCAUUUGUAACUAAUGUCGCUAUUAAAUGCUUUAUCAACUAUAUUAUUAUUAUUAUUAU